AUGGUUACUCUUUCACACAAUUUUAGAAUUUUACUAUUACCAGUCGUCCGGAGUUUAUACGUUAUUUCCCUGUACGGUGAUGUCUAUAAUGACGUGGACUUCUUCACCAGGACCUUCCCAUGGUUGGUUGAUAAUAUAGGUGGGGAUAUCAGCGUAGAUUACUUCCUUCUGGGCAGUGGAAGAUACUCCAUACCUCAAAUGUGCGCUUUGGAACAGAUGAAAUUGAACACGUUUUUACAGGCGCAGUAUUUGAAGUGUGAAGCCGAAGGUACCGACAGCACCACAUGCUUAUGUGCAGCCGGGAUAGACCCUCACAAAUACAGUCAUUGCGUCAUGACCAAGGGUUCAUACGCAAGUCACGCAUCUUCCAAAUACCAACAACUGAACAUCGACGCAAGUCCCAUAAUAGAAGUCGGAUACAAGAACACAGUUUUCGCUGUAGAAGACAGUUGGUAUUUGAAGAAAAUCUGUACCAUAUUUGGGGAUAAUCCUCCAAGGGGAUGUGUUGUGCCAUUUGCUUGUAAUUCUACAGAUGUAGUUACUCAUAGGAAUGGAAUGGCCUUUUUUGAUUGUAGUUUUAUGAAAGAUCAGUGUCGAACGAUGCCUACAACGAUAACUACGCGCGCGGGAGCGUGA